AUGAGCAGCACUCAGGAGCUCAGUACAGCUUGUACAGAACAGAAAGAAGUUGUUUCUAGGAAGUCUUCUGCCUUACUGGAGUCUUUUAGCAUGGUGACAUGCUCCUUUGAGAUCCUUGCUGGAGAAAGCAGUCCUGAAUUUGUGGAAAAGCCUUGUCCACUGGCAACACCCAAGGGAGACAAAGCAAUAUUUUGAGCUGAAGUUAAAAGUAAACCAAACCCUAAUGCAACAUGGAAAAGAGAGAAUGGAUAUUCUGGAUUUUCAACAGAUGAUACAGAUAACUACAAGUGUGUAGUGUCCAAUACCCACACUGAUGCCAUCUGGACAGUAUCCUUGAUUAUGACGAAAGUGGAAGUGAACAUUCCUCAAAUAGUGUUACAGGACUUGGGAACAGCAGUGUUUGAAAUCUGCCAGCCACGGAAAGUGCAAAACUUCACCUAGAAGUUCAAUGGGAAAGAGUUGAAGUGGGAUAAUAAGUAUGAAGUCAUCACAUCUGAUGAUGGAUUGGCCCACACUAUGAAAAUUAAGGGUGUUCUCUCCAGUGACUUUAAAGAACUCAGUGUUGAGGCUGAAGAUAUAGUGCUCGCUGGUAUGUGCCAUUUUUUCUUGCCAACCCCUUUCCCAGGGGUUCCAGUUCAGUUCGUCAGCAAUCUCAAGGACACCCAAGUAAAAAAGAAGAGGAAAGCCUGUCUGGAGUGUGUGCUGACUUCUGAAGAUGUCACCCUGAAGGGGAUUUAGAAUGGACAAGUGAUUGAGAGGUCUCCUCAGUACAUCAUGAAGCAUGAAGGGAAGAGAGCAGAGCUUAUUGUUAAUGCUGCUGAGCCGAGUGACUCAGGAUCUUGCACAGCGAUCAUAGCUACGCAAGACAGUGACCCUAAUGAGCAGUACAGCAGCGCCAGUGUAACUGUGGAAGCCACCCAUGAGACAUUUGACUGCAGUCUUCUGAGGACCAGCAGCACAACAUGCUCAGUCAACGAGCAUUCUGCACAGUUUUUCUGUUCACGUGCUUCCACCGGGAUUUCUUCCAGAGAUAUCUGCAACCAUGAAGACCAUGUAUGUGAUGGUCAUGCUCUAAUUGGGUAUCCUGAUAAAAUCUUUGUUGUCCUGAAUGAUGUGAAGGUAGAAGGAAUAUGGCUUAAUGAAGGCAAGUAGAUGACAGACAUGAAAAGGAUCUGGAGAGUGAAGCAGGGAGCCAUGCACAAACUCAUCAUUGACAGAAUGGGAGAGGAGGGUGAAGGGGAGGUCGUUGUUCAGAGACAGGGGGACAGAGACGGAGCAACAGUUGCUGUUGAAGAUUCUCCUGUUAUUGAAGAAUCUGUCCUCGAGCUUUUUGCUGCACACAGCAUUACUGUGAAGACUAAGCAUACAGCAAACAUCAAGGUGCCUUUCAAGGCAAAGCCAAUGCCUGAAGUCACAUGGUUCAAAGAUGGUAUUGAGAUGACAAAGGAAAAGAAAGUGGUGAUGGAGAAAGCCAUUGAUGUGUUACUCACAAUCAAAAUCUGUGUGAGAGAAAACAGUGGAGCCAUUAUGCUGCAUCUGAAAAAUGACUAUGGCUCGGCUUCUGGCAAUCCUUACCUCAACUUUGUUAACAAACUAAAACCCUCACAGGGGAAAGCAGAGUUCCUGAACACAUGGGGAAAAUGUAAAAUGGGAUGGAAAGCACCCAAAGGCAAUGGAAGAAAGCAGGUGACUCACUUUGUCAUCAAGAGGAGGACGGAUGGAAAAAAAUAGUGGAUCAAUGUACGUGUGGUGGAAAGCAACUACAUCACAUUUGCUACAGAGAAGGUGGAGGAAGGGAAAGCCUACUAAUUCAGAAUACGUGCCAUCAACUCUGAAGGCCUCAUGAAGCCCCUGGAAACAGAAGAAAUUUUUGCCAGAGAACCUAUUAAGCCUCCGAGACAGCUGUCUCAGCCUCAAGUUGUAGAUGUCAAGAAAGAAGAUGUCACCGUCACCUGGAACUUCCCACCCCCAGCCCAGGAUGGCAGCUCCUCAGUGGAAGGUUACAUCAUAAAAAAAAGGAAGAAAGGCAGCAAUCCUUGUGUUCCAGCCACUAAGGAGCCAGUCCAAGGUACCAGAUCCAAAGUGGAUGGUUUUCUGGAGGAUACAGAUGAGUUCCGUGUGAUAGCUGUGAACUGUGCAGGUCCUGGACUUCUCAGUAUGCCCUCAACCUCCGUUGCAAAGGAUCGCAUCAAGCCUCCAGGACUGCUGAAGGUGGUGGAUUUUUCCAACUCCAGCAUUUCCUUAGCCUGGCAGGAGCCAGGCCAGAAAGAUGUGCUGUCAGGAUACGUACUAGAGAUAUGAGCUGAGGACACCAAGAAAUGGACAAAAUGCACCAAGAUCCCUAUUUCUAGUACCACUUACACUGUGGGAGGCUUGCAGGAGAGCAAAUACUACUUCUGAACCAGAGCUGUGAAUGAAGCUGGUAUGGGAGAAGCAGUGGAGUUACGGGAAGGAAUUCUAGCAAUGCCACCUUCAGGUGCUGAGAGGAGAUGGAGAACAGCACAAGCUGUGCAGUCUUUGAGUCAAAUUAAAAUCAUUCUGCCGCCCUUCUUGCUGAACUGUCCCCUGAAUGAGUAUGUCAGAUUUGAUCUGACUGUGAGGCUGAAGAGCCACAUGGUGGUUCGUGCUGGGACAGCACCAUACAUUCAUACAACUUUCCCUGCAUAUCAAGAAGAGAGAGGGCAAGAACCAUUCCCAGUUCUUAUCCACAGCACCGAGCGAUUUGUUUCUGACCUGUAACAGAUCAUCCUCAAAAACAAUUACAGAGAAACCCUUUACAACAUUCAAAUGCAAGUUGCAGAUUUCCCCUGACCACACACCAAUCUGCAGCUGGUUGAAGAAGUCCUGAACACUGUGACCCUAAAUCACAGCUCAGAAGCGGAAGGCUACUAGCAGACUGAUUAUGGUAUCCUGAAAUGUGAUGUCAGUACCGCCAUGUGGUUCACAGCCUCAGAGAAGGUCUACAGCCCUAAGUACACUGUCACAGGUCUGCUCCCAGGGAGGAAAUACUUCUGAGUCAUUCCCUGCAAUGGCACUGAGGACACUGACCCUCUGGAUUCAAGGAGCAGCGGUACACCUCCAAAGACACAGGUACGCUGGUCAGCUGAUGCGGGUAACGUGGCAUAUUGUUCAUUCUCCCUCCUCCCCGAGUUUUCCCUGGUGGAAAAGAAGGCCCAGGUCAUGAAAUGUCAUACCCAAGCUCUUUGGAUUUGUGCUCGUGCAGGAGAAGGCCCUGUCUUGGUGCUGGCUCUGUGUUUGCACGUUUGCAUGUACAACAGAGAGUGCAGCGUGAAGCAGCCCAUAGUGACUUUGUCCUCGCAGUGUUUUGACUUCAAGAUGAAGGAGUAUCCCAGGAAGGACUGUGCUUCCCGUUUCAUCACCCCACUGAAGAACCACAGUAUGAGUCAUGGCAAUGACUGUGCCUUGAGCUGUGCUUUCACCCUCAACCCCCACCCAACAGGGACCCUGUACAAGGGCAAUAUCAGCAUCAAAUCCAAGUCUAAGUUAUGGUUCAACUCAACAAGUAGCAUCCGUGUGCUUAUGAUCCCUACAACUUGCAGCUGCAAGGUGAUCAUCUGUGGUAAGUCAGAUCUGCAGCCACUGUUUUGGAAGAGGGGUAGGUACUGCCUGGAGUCAGAAAAAGAUGAUACAAACCUCCUGGACACAGUGACAGAAAGUUUGCGGAAGUCAAAACACAAGAUGUAA